AUGGUGCGUGCGCAGAGAAUUUUAGCGCUCUGGAGAUCAGCUUACUGACAAAGUGAAUGUGGUUGUGUCGGUGUUUGCGUCCUUAGGCAUCCGGAGUGAAAGUCAACCCCAAGUGCUUGGAAGAGUUCCAAGCGCUGAAGCUGGGACACAAGACCAAGUACAUCAUCUAUGGUUUGAGCGAGGACAAGACCGAAAUUGUUGUGCUCAAGACUAGCACCUCGGACAAGUACGAGGAAUUUCUGAAGGAGCUCCCUGCUGAUGACUGCCUCUGGGCCGUCUACGACUUCGAGUUCAGCAAGGGCGACGAUGGAAAGCGCAGUAAGAUCGUCUUUAUCGCCUGGUGAGCGCUUCUUUGAGCAGAUUCGCCAUGAGUUGCAGGCGGCGCAGCAUUGCCUCUGCGAGCUGCGCAGCAUCUUAUCAGAGGGUAGCCGCGUUACUGUGCUCGACUCAGGGGCUGACCCCAGAGGUAUUGUCGCGCGACAGGUCUCCCGACGAUGCCAGGAUCAAGUCAAAGAUGCUUGCCGCAUCCUCAAAAGAACCUCUGCGCAGAUCUCUCGUUGGUGUAGCUGUCGAAGUCCAAGGAACCGAUCUGGACGAGAUCACUUACGAUGCCGGUGAGUCGUGGCAUAUCGCGUGACAGGCGAAUGAAGCAAAUCGACCUUGUAAAGUCAACAUUGGUGUAGAAGCUGGCAAGGGACAAAGCAGGCUAGGUGGUGGCGAGCUGCAUCUCCACCAGCAACGGCUUGGCGCUGACAGAUCUGUCUCCUUCUGUGUCUCUCGCCUGAUGGCUAUUCGACGCUAGUCCUGGUAAGUUGACCUUCUCCCAUGUGCGUUUCCCCUGAUGUGAAUACUACGCUAACAAUCAUGCUCGCCUGGUCGCACGCAGGAGAAGUGCUCUCGAGGCUACUAA